ACCCAAACACCCGUGGAGACAGCAGGACAAGGAAAAUUGGAUGGCUGAGUGAGAACUGGUUGUUCAAAAGAUUCACGCUCGUGGCUGAGGAUUACAGCAUGUCUAAAGAAAUGCAAGAACUGCAGAAGCAAUGGCACUCCAUGGUGCAGUCCAUCCAUAGCAACUCAAAUGUUGUUGCAUUUAUGAAUUCUCGUGUUGGCCAAUAUUUAGAUGACCAUCCUUUUGUUGCCUUAUCGCUCCUGAUGUUUAUUGCAGUGUCUGCUAUUCCCGUUGCAUUUUUCCUGAUUUUUGUUGUUACAACAGCCCUAAUGGCCUGUGUCGGUGUGAUAGUCAUGGAAGGUGUUAUAAUAGCCAUAGGUGGCAUAGCCCUCCUCUGUGUGCUGUGUGGCCUGGGUGCACUUUCACUGGGAGUUUCUGGAGUACUUAGUGUUUGUUAUGUCGUUCUUUCAACUCUGGUCAACUACUGGUAUGCUUCAAGGGGUCAGAUAAAGAAGCAAGAAGUUAAUGGAAGUUUGCCACAGAAGAGUCCUUCUGUCUUGGAUCUUUCUGCCAAUAAUGGAAAGAAUGAAUAA